GUAGUCUUAGGAUUUUUUGUAAUUAUGUCUGCCGAAUGUCUCGCUAAAAUCCCAGAGGUUGAUUUAGAUCCCAACGGCGUCUUCAAAUACGUCCUCAUACGGGUGCACAGCAAAAACGAUGAUUCACAUGUUGAUAUUGUGAGAGGAUACGCAUGGGCCGAGUAUCAUGCUGAUAUCUAUGACCGUGUGGCUGGAGAACUGGAGAGAGGUGGAGGACUGGAUUGUGAAUGUCUCGGAGGUGGAAGAAUCAAACAUGACAGUGCUGCAAAAAAGAUCCACGUCUACGGUUAUUCCAUGGGAUUUGGGAAAGCAAAGCAUUCAGUUUCCACAGAGAAGAUAAAAACCCAUUACCAAGACUAUGAGGUGACCUGGGCGGAUGAAGGGUAUUGAAUGGGUUACAUGGGACAAAUUACA